GAUCACCGGGAUCCCCGGGAUGGGCGGGAUCGGACGGAUCGGGAUCACCAGGAUCCCCAAAAUCAGCGGGAUCGGGAUCAGAGGGAUCCCUGAAAUCAGCAGAAUCGGGAUCAGAGGGAUCCCUGGGAUCAGCGGGAUUGGGAUCAGAGGGAUCCCUGGGAUCAGCCGGAUCCCUGAAAUCAGCGGGAUCAGUGAAAUCCUUGGGAUCGGCCAGAUCGGGAUCAGAGGGAUCCCCGAAAUCAGCGGGAUCAGGAUCAGCCGGAGCCCUGAAAUCAGCGGGAUCGGGAUCAGCGGGAUCCUUGGGAUCAGCCGGAUCCCUGAAAUCAGCGGGAUCAGUGAAAUCCUUGGGAUCGGCCAGAUCGGGAUCAGAGGGAUCCCCGAAAUCAGUGGGGUCAGGAUCAGCCGGAGCCCAGAAAUCAGCGGGAUUGGGAUCAGCGGGAUCAGCGAAAUCAGCAGGAUCCCUGAAAUCCGUGGGAUCGGUUGGAUUGGGAGCCACGGGAUCCCUGGGAUCAGCGGGAUCGGCCGGAUCGGGAUCAGAGGGAUCCCUGAAAUCAGCGGGAUCAGAGGGAUCAGCGGGAUCCAUGAAAUCCUUGGGAUUGGCCGGAUCGGGAUCAGAGGGAUCCCCGAAAUCAGCAGGAUCCCCAGGAUCAGCAAAACCAGCGGGAUCCGUUAAAUCCUUGGGAUCAGCUGGUUUGGGAGCCACGGGAUCCCUGGGAUCAGCCGGAUCGGGAUCAGAGGGAUCCCUGAAAUCAGCGGGAUCGGGAUCAGCCGGAUCAGCAAAACCAGCGGGAUCCCCGAAAUCCUUGGGAUUGGCUGGAUCGGAGUCAGAGGGAUCAGCGGGAUCCGUGAAAUCCUUGGGAUCAGCUGGAUUGGGAUCGGGGAAAUCAUCUG